AUGAGUCACUCCUCAUCCCCCAAUAGGAGCUCAUCCAUCUUUGGAUGGGCCAAGAGUUUGAAACGAUCACAUCUUUUAUCCAAUGACUCAGUUAAUGAGAUUAGCGACUCAGACAAUGCCAGUUCAAAGUUUUCACCCACGAAACUGAUAAAUGCAGGAGCAUUUCCAUCAAUAGUUCCGUCUUCAUCAAUGCAGCAACUUCAGCAGCAACAACAGCAACAACAACAGCAGCAACAACAACAGCAACAGCAACAACAGAUGCCACGUCUUCAACCACAGCGAAGUCCGUUGAAUAUUCCCUCCAACACAAACAACAAUAACAACAUUAACAACAAUAGCAUCCCAAUGUCAUCGAGUAUCAGUGGGAACUUAGAGCCGGGAGCAAUCUCCCCGUCUCCAUCAAACUAUAUCCCACUGCCUUCCCACCAGCGACAGUCGAUACUGCUGCACAACAAUGCGCAGUCGGGCUUUUCAACUUCGAAUUAUUUGGGCACUUCACCGACUGCAUCAUCAUCAACGCACGAUUUCUUGCGACCUAUAUUGAACCACAAACUGAGAUCAACAAACAAUGUUUCUAGAGUACGAUCCAACUCUGAGAAUAGUAUACGUAAUCAUCGCGACUCCUUUUUGCAGAGCAAUUCGCUAGUUGACGAAAACUCAAAGUAUUUUGGUGUACCAUUACAACAAGCGCUUUCCGAGGCAGCAGCCAAGAUCUCGGUAUUAUCAUCAGAUGACCAGACGAGUGGCUUGCAGUAUGGUGAGAUACCCAUUGUUGUUGCCAAGUGCGGAGUAUACUUGAAAAAGAAUGGAUUGACAGUUGAAGGAAUAUUUCGUGUUGGUGGCUCUUCAAAACGAUUAAAGGAGUUGCAAGUUAUAUUCAAUACACCUCCUGAUUAUGGUAAGAAGUUGAUCUGGGAUGGGUAUACUGUUCAUGACGCAGCAUCAAUCUUGCGAAGGUACUUGAAUGCAUUGCCUGAACCAUUGAUUCCUCUUGAUGUUUAUGAAGAGUUUAGAGUUGUUUUGAAAGAACGACCUAGAAUUAUAAGCUAUAUGAAGUACAAGGCAGAGAAUCCAACGAGGAGUCUUCGAAAGAAAAGUGAAGGAGACUCGUCACAGAUGUUGACUGAAGCCAACAUGGGACGUCAUAACGAUAGUCAUGCGCUGUCUGUGAAUGCAGAAAGCCUGAGCAACGCAAGAGCUACACCAAAUACUGUACCAGAUUCUCAAGCAGUUCCAACUUCGCUUACUGCACAAACUGCACAAACUGCACAAACUGCUCCUGCUUCGACAAUUACUGCUUCACUUCAACAACCAACCCUCCUGCUAUCCAUUCCCCAAAGUAGUCAAGAAGAUUUCUCCAAUAAGCAGAAAAAGAAAAAGACAAAGAACUACAAGAAACUCACUAAUGAUGUACACACUGCUAUCGACAUCUACCGAGUAUUAUUAAACAACCUCCCAAUAUCAUCGAAACAACUUUUAUUUUACAUCUUGGACUUACUUGCUAUGGUGCAGAGCAACCUGGAACGAAACUUGAUGAGUGCGCGCAACCUUGCUGCCAUUUUCCAGCCACUGAUACUCUCGCAUCCAAACCAUGAUCUUGACCCUGAAGAGUAUGCAUUGUCACAACUAGUGGUUGAAUUUUUGAUUCAGUAUUCGUAUAAAUUGUUGCCAUCGCACAAGGAACCAUCGCCGCCACCUCCAGCACCACCAAUUGCAACAAGUUUAGAUGUGAAUGUCUCUGCAGAUGAGAUUGGGCCACAAGACUCGCUCUCAAAUUCCGAAGCCACUUAUGAGGCACAGAAAGGUCAGCUGUCAGUAGAAGAAACUGCAUCAGGAUCAUCAUCUAGUCAGGUUGUGCAGAAACAACAACAACAACAGCAGCAACAACAAUUGACUCCCCGGUUCCAAAGACAGCAUUCUAAAAGUCUAAGUGCUGCACCACAACACGAGGAUAUCGUGAUGGGGUUCAAGCAUAAUGCCACGGAGUCCAUUCCUGGUGAAUCUGAUUUAGAGUACGAAGUCUCAGAUGGGGUAGGGUCAGAUGCAGACGAGUUGUAUUUUCAUGAAGCUCACCGACCUAGUACCAUGAGCAGUCCCAAGACUAGUCCCAUGGAACUUAUUGGGAAACCCGUGAUCCCGGCAGCCGAGGAAGAUCCUGUAAUUGUUGUAACUUCGCCGCUGAGCACGUCAGUUGACCAGAAGAGUGAAUAG